AUGAGGAAACAUCCGAAGGUGAAACACAGCCCAUCGAUCGGGAUUACCGUCAGCAGCAAACCAGUGGCCGACGUCAAACCUCAGAUCGACAUUCAACUUCUCGCAGACAUCACAGCUCCAGAACUGGAAGUGACCAGGCAUCUGGCAGUUCGUCCUCCCGCCAUCGGAGCUCCAGAAGUGACAGGUCUUCUACCAGUACUCGGAGAGAACAACGCGAUAGAGCAGAGGCGGUUGGCUCGCCACGGUCAUCAAGAGCUUCAACAAGUGGCAGCCAACGAGAUAGUGCGUAUGGUUCAACAAGCACCUUCUCUCGUGAACCUGCUAGAAGAAGCGACGACUACACCUCCAGCCAACGAAGAGGUGGCUCGUCUCGAAGUCAGCCUGUUGCUCAGCAGCGCGUGUACAGUCAACAGGUCACAACGCAACAACAUUAUCAAGGGCAACAGUCUUACGAACAACGGACAUCAGGACAAAGCUCAUACAGGCAGCCAAUGGGAAGAGAACGUCGAUUUGCUCAACAAGACCCAGGCCAACAAGUCUCAUCUGACCAAGAAUCCGACCCAGACCAAAGCUAUCCACAACAACCAUCGUAUGGGCAACAGCAGCAGCCGUAUGGACAACAACAGUCUUAUUCUCAGCAAUAUUAUGCUCAACAGCAGCCCUAUACCCAGCAGCAACCGUAUAACCAACAGUCCUACUACUAUCAAGAUCAAAACCCAUCACAGUCACCCACGUACCCAUCGUACAACUCUCAAAGUAGCCCCCAGGAUCUUGCCGACAGACUAG